GUUACGAAUUCCCAUCUUUGUCUCCCAAGCUACUGAAAUAUUAAACGAUGAAACCAAAAAAGAGCCCGAUGAUAUUGUUUGUAUACACACUACACUACACUAGAUAUAUUUUUUUAUUCUCCUCCUUCACUUUGGUACUAGAAUAUUUUGCGAUGCAAAACCAAAGUAAAAAAAAAAACCCCCCUCGCCUCGAUCUCUUUCUCAAUGUAACCGGUGUAGCUAUAUAUGUGCAUGAGAGAGGAAGGAAAAGAUGGAAGCCAAGAAGAGUAGAAGAUUAACUAACAAGAUACUCAACACUUGGACAUGGACGAGGUGGUCAAGACUUUGGCACACACACAAACACACACACACAUACAUACACACACACAUACAACAUACGCAACACGCACACAUAUACACCUCCUUUAGUCCAAAUCCAGAUGGAGCAUAAAAGCUA